AUGCCAAAAGCCCCACUCAAGUUUCCUGCCAAGCUUUAUCGAAUUCUCAAUACACCCGAAUUCAAUGAUAUCAUCUGUUGGCAGCCUCAUGGCCGCUCAUGGAGAGUCUUGCAGCAAUCACGCUUCGAAAAGGAAGUGCUUCCAGUCUUCUUCCGACAUGGGCGGUAUGCCUCCUUUAUCCGUCAAGUUAAUGGCUGGGGCUUUCGUCGUAUCCAAUCUGGACCUGACUUUAGCAGCUACUACCAUGAGUCGUUCGUGCGUGAUUCACCAGAAUCUUGCCGAAGAAUGAGAAGACCAACGAUUCAGGAGCUUGCAGAUCGAAAAAAUGCGGACUUUGACUCUACUCCUAACUUUUGCCUCCCACCUGCUGUACAGCAGCCUAGUAAAGAUGAGAAAAAUAUCGAAAAGGCUGCUGCUGCUGCACUUCCUCCUUCUUCCGAGGCACCACCUCGUAACUAUAUGAGCAAUCUUGUCAGUCGGCUAUUGUUGUGCACUUCGGAGGAAAAGGGUACUCUAUUGAGCUCUGAACUGGAGGCAUUAGAGGAACAGCGAACGUCGAUACUUCAAUCAUUGGAGCUCCUAAAUAGGAAUGAUCGCAGACCAGCACCAUUAUCAUACGACGCUUCAUCUUUUGCUCUUCAGAUGCGAGCAGAUGAAUUGAUGAAACUUUCUCUGCGCUCUCAGCUACUGACAUGUCGUGCUGCUGAUGGGCGAUAA